AGAUGUCACCCCCAAUGCUUUCAUCAAAAUUAAUUCGGCGCUUAAUUUUAGUAACUUUAAUUACUUUAUUGUAUAUUUGUGCUAGAACAUAUAAAGAAUAUAGAAAUAUAAUUUCCUCGAGAGAUGAAACUACGGCAGUUACAAUUAUUCAACCUGGGAAAGAAGCAGAAUUUAUUAAAUUGCAAAAAAUAAUUAAAGACGAAAUUCGAGCAAUGCAAACGGUGGAAAGGAUUAGGUCAGAACGGGUAAGCAAAUUUUUGUAUUUUUUCAACGAAGGAAGACAUUUAAACUUUACUUUUAGCAGAUACACCCAAUCCUCAUAA